AAAGUAUUAUGUAAGUAUGAAAACACGUGACAUGCUUUUUUUUCAUUAAUGAAAAUAUAAAAUAUAAUUUAUUAUUGGUAUCUAGAAGUUGUACAAAACCAUAUAUAAAUACAAGGUUAAGAAGUGAACAAAAAAAAAACAAGAGCUAAGGCAUAAGAAAAAUAGAGUAAAUUUGUAGAUGACAAAAAUAAGACAAUUUUAUAAUAAGAGUCAGAAGAUUGCAAAAUGUUUGUGUUGUGAUCUUUGCAACCAACUUCUCACUGACGCCACUAAAAUCAUCGACUGCUUUCAUACUUUUUGCAAAGACUGCUUAUAUUCUAAAAUCGAAGAAGAAGAUUUGGAAUGUUGUCCUGUAUGCGACAUUGAUCUAGGCACUGAUCCUCUUACCAAAAUGAGGUCGGAUAUUAUCUUGCAGAACAUGAGGAAUCACUUAUUUCCUCUGGGGAAAGAAAAGGAGGCAUUUGAAUAUCUUCCAAAAGUUCUAAUGAAAACCAAUGGGCAUUCUAUGCCUCAGCUGCAACAUUCUAGUACUUCAAGUUCUGCUACUAAAAGAAAACUCAAGAAAUCAAAAGUUGCGGAUUCUGAGGAACAAAUCAAUAAAAAAAUGAAGAUUGAGAAUGAUAUUAGAUUUUAUUAGAUUUAAUUCAUAUUUAAAUUGUAUUAUUUUCUUAGCCCCUAAGUUUGUUAGAGGGUAUUUUAGUAUUUUAUCCUAUUAUAGUAACCCUAGUUUUAGCUUAUAAAUAGGGUGUCAAUCAUUGUAACUUGUAAUCCUUUUUG